GGAGGAUUUUAAAGAAGGCUGGCUAUUGUUUUUAGCAUAGAGCUAUAAGAGAUUGAUUUUUAGAGUUAAUAAACUCUGAUGCUAAGAAGUUGAGAAAGAAAGAGCUCAAGUACCACUCACUGACGUAAAGACACUGACAGCCUUUUCCAAUGAUAAAUCUUAAAGAGCACCAUCAACCUCGUUGGAGAGACUUUCACUGUCAUAUGUCACAGAGCCGACUUGAAUAAUCUCAACAAUCAGUUGCCAACACUUGCUCUAGACUGAUAAAUUGAGAAUGAGACUCUGGGUUUUGGCAAUUCUAACAGUUCUUAUACAUUUCACAGUUGCUACAUUUAACAAGUCAUCCUGGGGCCUGGAAAAUGAGGCUUUAAUUGUGAUGUGUCCUAGACAAGGAAAAUCUCAAAACCCUGUAGUAUGGUUUUACUCAAAAACCAACAAAAGUGUUACUACUCAAAAAGAGAGUCGUGUAUUUGCCUCAGGGGAACGUCUUAAGCUUUUCCCAGCCAAAGUUGAGGAUUCUGGAAUUUAUACUUGCAUUAUCCGAAGUCCCACCUUCAUUAAGACUGGAUAUGUGAAUGUCACUAUAUAUAAAAAACAACCAGAUUGCAAUAUUCCAGAUGACAUGAUAUAUUCAACAACCUCUGGAUCAGAAAAAAAUUCCAAAAUAUUUUGUCCUACCAUUGACCUCUACAAUUGGACAGCACCUGUUGAGUGGUUUAAGAAUUGUAAAGCUCUUCAAGGAUCAAGGUACUAUACACAUAAGACAUAUUUGCUUAUUGACAAUGCAACUAGCAAGGACACAGGUGAUUAUACAUGCAGAUUUAUGCACAAUGAAAAUGGAGUCAGCUACAAUGUGACAGCAACCAGAUCAUUCACAGUUCAUGAGGAGAAAAGCUUUUCUUUGUUUCCAGUAAUUAUAGCACCACCACAAAAUGAAACAAAGGAUGUGGAAAUCGGAAAAACAGCAAACAUUAUUUGCUCUGCUUGCUUUGGGAAAGGCUCUCAGCUCAUGUCUGCCGUCCAGUGGCAGGUUAAUGGAAGCAUAAUUGGGAACUCUGGUGAAGCAAGAAUUCAAGAGGAGCAAGAGCAAAAUCAAAGUUCUAGCAAUGAGCUGACUUGUCGAAGCACCAUUUUAAGAAUAGCUGAUGUAAGAGAAGAGGAUUUGUUGCUGAAGUAUGACUGCCUGGCCAGGAAUUUUUAUGGCUUGAGAAGGCACACCAUAAUACUAAGGAGGAAAAAGCCAAUUGAUCGUCAAAGCACCUACUACAUACUUGCAGGAUUUGGCAUAUUGUUAAUGCUAAUCAAUAUCAUGAUGAUAAUGCUGAAAGUGUUCUGGAUUGAGGUUGUUCUGCUCUGGAGGGACAUAGCUAGACCUUACAAAACUAGAAAUGAUGGGAAGAUCUAUGAUGCUUAUGUUAUCUAUCCAUGGAACCACAAAGAUAGUCCAGAAGCAACCAGUUCUGUUGACUACUUUGUUCACCAGAUUCUGCCUGAUGUUCUUGAAAAUAAAUGUGGCUAUAACUUAUGCAUUCAUGGGAGAGAUUUGCUACCUGGAGAAGAUAUGGCUACUGCGGUGGAAACCAACAUCCGAAAAAGUCGGCGGUACAUUUUUAUCCUGACGCCUCAGAUUGUAUAUGGCAAGGAGUUUACCUAUGAGCAGGAGAUCGCCUUGCACCGUGCCCUCAUCCAGGACGACUCCAAGGCGAUUCUGAUUGAAAUGGAGGCUCUGAGUGAGCCAGGUAGACUGCAGCUUGCUGGGCUUCCAGAUUCCCUCCAGCACCUGGUAAAAGUGCAGGGUACCAUCAAGUGGAGGGAAGACCAUGUGGCCAACAAGCGGUCCCUGAACUCCAGAUUCUGGAAGCAUGUGAGGUACCACAUGCCUGUACCAAACAGACUUCCAAGAAAGACCUGCAUUCUGGCUUCUUCAAAUGCACAGGAGCAGUAGGGCCUAUGUGGGUGUGUUGAUGCACCAGACUUUGUAACUGGGGCUUCUCCUACUUGGAUUAUACCACUGUGCUAGACAGUGAGAGUUGGGCCUUGAGAAGUAGGAAGGGCAAGAGAAUUUUUAUCUUGAAACUUUACUUCCAUUUUCCUGAUUCUGUAUGAUUACAAAAUGCUUCCAAAUUUUUACCCUCAAUCCCCUUCUCUCUAUCCAACCUUUCCUCCCCUUUCUCCUUUGCUGGUCUUUCUCCACUGUGGUCUGUGAUCUUUUCACUGUGAUCUUUUUCUCUUUUUCUUUCUUUCUGAUUGCCCUCUCCUUAUUCCUUAUCAAUAUUCUACAUUUUAGAUAUCAAAUUCAAAAUUUUAGAGUUCAACUUUUAUGUUAGCUGGAAGAACACUCAGAUUCCUUUGACCAGAACACUGGUAGUAAAUCUUGUUUCACAUGCCAGAAUUUAUCAUAUUUUAUUUGAUCAGGGCUUAGUUUUAUCAUCUCAAUAUUGCCUAUUUUGUUGGAGUACCUUACUCAAUCACCAUUAUAAUCUAGUUUGCUUCAGUUCUAAAAUUUAUUUCAUAUAUUGUUAUUUUUAUUAGAAAUCUUUUUCUCACUAUAAAAAUUACAGAAUAGAAGGUAUAAAACAAGAAAAUAGCAAAAAUAAUUCAUGGAUCUAUAAUCCUAAGAUUAUGUAUUUGCUUUUAAAAAAUAAUUCAUAUUUAAACAUACCAUUUAUAUACUGAGAUUACAUAGUGUGUAGUUUUUAUAUUUUUUAUACCUAACAUCAUGAUAAAAGCAUUUGACAUGUCAUUUAGAUUUUAACAUUUUAAAAUAUUUGUACUGUUCUAUCUUGUGCUUGUGCUACAGUGGCCUUGUAAUGAUAGCUAUCAUUAUAAUAAUCUGCAAUGACCAUAUCAAUAUAUCUUAUAUCUUUCAAUUAAAAAAACUUUUAAUUUCAGAAACUUCAUUUGUUGCCAUAUUUCUGUGAAAUUAGUAGGACAUUUUGACAGAACUGUUUUGAUAAACUAAAGCUAAUUUGUACAGUCUAGGCUGUU